AUGCCUCCCUUGACCAGGCCAGAUGGCGCCCACCAACGCCGCAUCGUAUGCUACCACCAGACCAUCGUCCCCCGCGAUCGGGGCUAUGUGUCGAUGCUGCCGCUGGUGCAGAACAACACGGGCGUGACGCACAUAAUCCUCGCCGCCAUCCACAUCAACGCCCGGCCAGGCGACAUCACGCUCAACGAUGAUCCGCCCGACAGUCCCAUCUACGCCCCGUUAUGGGAGGAGGUGCCGCUCGUGCAACGAGCCGGCGUCAAAGUCAUGGGCAUGCUCGGCGGAGCCGCCAUCGGGAGUUUCCAGCGGCUGGACGGCACGCAGGCGGAAUUCGAGGCAUACUAUGCCCCGCUGCUGGCGAUGAUCCGUCGCCACGGGCUGGACGGGCUGGACCUCGACGUCGAAGAGGCCAUGUCCCUGGCGGGAAUCAUCCGGUUGAUCGAUCGUCUGAAGACGGAUCUGGGCGACGACUUCAUCAUCACGCUGGCGCCCGUGGCGGCCGCCCUCGUCGGGAGAGGGAACCUGUCGGGCUUCGACUACCGCCAACUGGAGCAGAGCCGGGGGGCAAAGAUCAGCUGGUACAACGCGCAGUUCUACAACGGCUGGGGCCGAGCAGAGGACCCGGGGAUGUACGCCGCCAUCAUCGCGCAGGGCUGGUCCCCCCAAAAAGUCGUGCUGGGCCUGUUGACGAGUCCCGGCAAUGGGUCGCAGGGGUACGUCCCUCCAGCGACUAUCGGCCCGGUCCUCGCGGCGUUGAUCGCCCAGUUCCCGGAUUUCGGCGGCGUCAUGGGCUGGGAGUACUUCAAUUCUUUGCCCGGUGGUGUCGAGGAGCCAUGGCAAUGGGCUGCGGCGCUGUCGCUGAGUAUGGGCAUGAAGGACGUCCUCACGGCUGCUCAGGCGGUGAUUGGGGUGAAUGCUAUGACGCAGAGUCUGAUGAGUCUGCUGGCGAAUCAAAUCAGAGGGUAG